AUGAAGGAGGUUGUGCCGGAUGUGUGGGUGGGCAAGCCUCCCUCCUCCGACGUGCUCGGCAGCAUUCAGGCGGUGAUCAGUUGUGCCCUUGAUCCGUGUCCGACGUCGUUGGCCGAAUUGAAUGUGCCUGUGGAUGACGCACCUGAGGCGCCCAUCUUUUUAUACUUUGCGCAAGCCCACCAGUUUCUCAGUACACAUGUGCAGCGCAAGGAGCCUGUGCUAGUGUACUGUGAAUCUGGGCGCUCAUGCAGUGUGACGAUUGUCGCUGCUUACCUUAUCGCAGAAAGGCACGCAGCCAGUGUCGAGCAGGCCUUGGCACAGAUUCGACAUGUGCAGCCGCAGGCCGAACCCAACGCAGGUUUCUUGCAGCAAUUGGAGCUGUACGUGUCCGAGUCGUGCCGGGUGCGGCUAGCAUCGCCGCGUGUGCGCAGGUACCUUUUGCAACAUACUUUUGCGAUGGGCGACUAUAUCACGCCAGCCAUGCUGGCUGCGCAAGAUGAUCCAUACUCGGACGCUGUGCCAGAUACACCCGCAUCUACGUGUGCGCGUCUUCGAUGUAAGAUGUGUCGUCGAGAGUUGGCGAAGGACGCGGAUGUGGUGCAGCACGAGCCUGGCAAGGGUGAGCUGGCGUUUGAGCCACACAAGCGCGAUAGUGUGCGUCGAGGGCAAGACACGGCACCUGUUGCGCGGCAAAAAGGGCCGUCACUAGGCCUGGAACGAAUGCAGCGCGUGCUAGGGCCACGGCGCGGACUCCUUCAUUCGCCAGCGUGCUCGGCGUACUUUGUCGAGCCGCAGCUGUGGAUGACCGAGUCGUCCGACGUGGUAGUCGGUGUCGUGUCAGGCCGGCUUGUUUGUCCCAAUACCCACUGUCACGCCAAGCUGGGAAGCUGGACAUGGGCAGGCACACAAUGUGCAUGCGGCGCAUGGGUGACCCCUGCCUUUGCACUCCAGCGUGCCAAAGUCGAUGAGGUUAAAUAA